UAAAUGGAUCCUGAAGAUGAUUAGGAAAUCAUUGAUUCUAUUGUGAAUGGUAGCAUCAUAUCUUAUUUUUUCAGCUCUAGAAAGUGAUGAGGAAAGAUCUUUUUCACCCUCCUAAACGAGAUCUGAUACCAACCGAACCUACUCACCCCAAAUCAAGAGAACACAAUAGCCAUAGUAAUCGAUAGUCACAUAAAUUAGAUAUUCAAUUAAAAAAAUUUAAAGUCCUAUUAUAGGCUUCAAACUAGAUUGUUGGACAAUUCAACCCUUCAGCCUGGAUGAUGACUAAUAUUUGGAUGGGGAUCUAGUAAGAAUUUAGUUAUGAUAUAGAUUCUCAAAUGCAAGGACUAAACUAAUAGCAGGAAAAUAUAGGGUCUAUUUGAAAAGGGAGAUGACGAACAAAGAGAAUUUAUAUUUUAAAAAUUGUUACCCGGAAUUACCUCACUUGCAAAUGAUAUCUUCGGAAACUACGUUGUUCAAAGAAUCUUAGAGCAGGGUAAUCAGCAACAAAGGGAAUUGAUAUUUGAACAGUUAUCCUAGUAAAUACUAAUUUUGUGUUAUAACACAUAUGGAUGUAGAGUGGCUUAGAAAUUGUUGGAGAUCUCUUACAAUACGGAGAAGUUUGAUUAGAUAUUCAAAGUGGUGUCAUCUCAAAUCAGGAAUUUGGUGCUUGAUACUAAUGGGAAUCAUGUGAUUCAGAAAAUUGCUGAAUUGGUUAAAUCUCAGAAAAGUGAGUGGCUGAUUGAUGGAGUGUUGGGAUAGAUUUAAAAACUGUCGAAUGAUUCUCAUGGGUGCAGAUUAAUCUAAUAGAUUUUGGAGUUGUCUUCCAUUUCGCAAGUAAGCAUAUAGAAUAAGAAAGUUGAAUGAUAUUUAUAAGGAAUUAUUGUCCAUCUAAGAUGAAUUGUGUUUGUCAUAAUAUGGGAAUUAUAUCAUUUAAAUAUUGUUGCAGAGAGGGCCGAGUGAUGUGGUUUAUAAGAUUCAAAACACUAUUAUUAAGAAUUUGGAGAGGUUGAGUUGUGAUAAAUUUGGGAGGUAUUGAAUAAUAGUUAAGUAGCAAUGUGGUUGAUAAGAGUGUAAAUAUUUCAGUUUAUAUGAGGAAGGAAAUCUUAAAAGUAUUCAUUCAUAAUAUGAAUGUCUUUUAUAAAUUAUCUAAUAAUUGUUAUGGUAAUUAUGUAAUAUAGAAUUUCUGUAAGUAACUUGAAUAUAAUUAAUUAAUAAAAUUAUCAUAUGAUUCAAGUUAAUUUAAUACUCAAUUUGGUUAACAUGUAUAUUAAACCUUAUAAAAAUUGAAAAAUUGA